AUGGCUGAGAACCAAGAAUCCGGCGCCGCCGCCCAGCAGUCCAGAGAACUCCGCCGGAAAAAACGCAAUAAAUGCUUACUCUACAUCUUCCUCUUCAUCGUCUUCCAAACCGCAAUCAUACUUCUCUUCGCCCUCACCAUCAUGAGGAUCAGGGCCCCCAAGUUCCGAGUCAGCGCCGCCUCGUUCGACACCUUCGAGUACUCUUCCGCCGCCUCCAAUCCGUCGUUCAACAUACGGAUGACCGCCCAGGUCAGCGUAAAAAACACGAAUUUCGGGCAGUUCAAAUACGAGGACACCAACGUCGCGUUCUACUACAACGGAGCGGUGGUGGGGUCGGCUUUCAUCCCCGGUUCGAGUGCCAAAGCGCGGUCGACGAAGAGGUUGAUCACGGUGGUGGAGUUGUCGUCGGCAGGGUUGCAGAACGGGGCGCAGCUGGGGAGCGACUUGAGCUCGGGGGUUUUGACGGUGAACAGUGGGGGUAGAUUGAGUGGGAAGGUGGAGCUGUUGAAGGUGCUGAAGAGGAAGAAGUCUGCGGAGAUGAAUUGCAUCAUUGCGAUCAAUUUGGCACAGAGAAUUGUUGGAGAUUUGAGAUGCAACUAG